AGCACUACAGCCGCCUGCAGCCCCAACCUGGGAGGAAGAUGCUAAUUAAAGUGAAGACGCUGACUGGAAAGGAGAUUGAGAUCGACAUUGAACCCACAGACAAGGUGGAGCGAAUCAAGGAGCGUGUGGAAGAGAAAGAGGGCAUCCCCCCACAACAGCAGAGGCUCAUCUACAGUGGCAAACAAAUGAAUGAUGAGAAGACAGCAGCUGAUUACAAGAUCCUAGGCGGUUCAGUCCUCCACCUGGUGUUGGCUCUUAGAGGAGGAGGUGGUCUUGGGCAAUGAUGAGCCUCGGUUCCACUUUACCUCCUUGCCCUGUCGCUCAUAAUGAAGCACCACAUGUCCUCUCACGCUCUGGGACACCAGAACUUCUGCCCCCUCCCUUGGAUGCCCAGUCUUGUGUGUCUACUGGUGGGAGAAUGUGAGGACCCCAGGGUGCAGUGCUCCUGGCCCAAAUGACCAUUACUGGCUGUUGGGUUUUAGUUUGCAGUCCUGUGUGCUUCCCUCUCUUACGGCUAUAUCCUUGGUUGUCAAUAAACUAUUUCCUGGCAAAAA